GGCGGCCCGGCCAUGCCCAAGAAUGCGCAGGUCAUCCUGCGCUAUGGGCCCUACAGCGCAGUCGGCCUGUCCGUGGAGCACCGCACCUUCCGGCUGGAGGGCCUGCAAGAUCACAUGGCGCGGGGGCAAAUGGCAACCAAAGCCUGAAUUGCUCAGGUCUCUGUCUGUGCUUCCCGGCAAAGCUGAGGGCACGUGGAGGCCAGCACCAGUUGUGUUGGCCAAAGAUGGACACCACGUCAUCCUGGAGAAGAUAGAAGAGCGGAACUUGGUGGAACUCGUGGUGAAUGAGGAAGUUGUAUUCCACUGCAACAUCAAUGACUUGGAGUUCGGAGGUGAUGGUGACCUAGACCCCCUGUGCGCAGCGGCCAGGAUAGCCGUGCUAAAUGCCUACUGAUGUCCUCACGGAACAGGCAUGUGAAGUCAGCGGAACAGUAGCUGCCUCCGGCUGUUCUGUGAUACAAACAAAAGCGGCCAUUCUGGGCCGUCGACGCUGGACUCUGCCGCUCCGAACGAGGCAACACCAGCCUGUCCUUCAGCCUGCACGGCAUAGGACUUCUCACCUGGCUGCAAGGACAUGGGGCCCACAAAAAUCAUGAAACCAUAUCAUUUGCAGCAUCUCUCAGUCUCUACCCAUAGGGAGAGCCCUCCAAUAUCAGGUACACGUUGAGCUGAAGGAAACAAUAAAAUGCAAUCUAAUAACAAGGCGCCAUC